UAAUUUUUUUGUGUUGCUGACGAGAAGCUGGUCCCAGCCACACAGCCAGUGGCUACUGAAGAAGGUGUCUCAUCCUCUGAAAAAGCCAGCUCUGCUGAGUUCCCUCCAGCUAGGCAGCUAGAUGAGUCAGCGGACGGAGCGCCGCGGGAUCCACGUGGACCAGUCAGAGCUGCUCUGCAACAAGGGCUGUGGUUACUAUGGCAACGCAGCCUGGCAGGGCCUGUGCUCCAAGUGCUGGCGGGAGGAGUAUCAGCGGGCCCGGCAGAAGCAGAUCCAGGAGGACUGGGCCUUGGCUGAGAAGCUGCAGAGGGAGGAGGAGGUUGCCUAUGCCAGCAUUCAGGGGGCCCAGUCUCAGCCCCCGUCCCAGCCCCAGGCCUCUCUGGUGCCCUUCUCCAAGUUCGAGGAGAAGAAGACCAACGAGAAGACGCGCAAGGUGACCACUGUGAAGAAGUUUUUUAGUCCCUCGUCUCGGACAGCCCCCAAGAAAGUGUCCCCCCCAUCAGAGAACCAGGAGGGCAAGACCCCCAGCCCCUCCAUCAGCCGCCAGUCAAGCAUCGAGACGGACCGCGUCUCCAGAGACUUUGUGGACUUCCUGAAGACCGUGCAUAAGCCCGGCCGUGAGGUCCACAAGCAGAGCCGAGCCUUCAUCGAGAUCAUGGCCAACAAAAAGGACUUGAGUGCUGACGAGCUGUCUGAGUGUGUCCAAGACUUCUACCAGAACCUGUCCGACCGCCUCAUGACUCAUUUUAAAGGCUCUUCAGAGCGUGUGGAGCGAGUGAUGGACGAGGUGGAGAAGUACAUUAUGACUCGCCUGUAUAAGAGUGUGUUCUGCCCCGAGACCACAGAUGAUGAGAAGAAAGACCUGGCCACUCAGAACCGGAUACGGGCGUUACACUGGGUGGACAUUCAGAUGCUUUGUGUGCCAGUGGAUGAGGAGAUCCCAGAGGUUUCAGACAACGUGGUCAAAGCCAUAACAGAUGUCAUCGAGAUGGACUCCAAACGGGUACCCCGGGACAAGCUAGAGUGCAUCACGCGCUGCAGCAAGCACAUCUUCAGUGCAAUCAAGAUCACCAAGAGCGAGCCAGCCUCGGCCGACGACUUCCUGCCCACCCUAAUCUACAUCGUGCUGAAGGCCAACCCUCCACGCCUGCAGUCCAACAUCCAGUACAUCACCCGCUUCUGCAACCCCAGCAGGCUCAUGACUGGAGAAGACGGAUACUACUUUACUAACUUGUGCUGUGCAGUUGCCUUCAUCGAGAAACUGGACGCCCAGUCUCUCAACUUGGACCCUGAGGACUUUGAGCGCUACAUGUCGGGCCAGGCCUCCCCUCGCAGGCCUGAGGUGGAAAGCAGCUGGCCCCAGACGGACCCUGCCCACGGUCCUUCCACCUCCAGCCCCGCCCUGGCCCAGGUCUACCAGAACCUGGACCUCCUGUCUGGCCUGGGGAGCCGACAAGACAGGGUUCUGGAGGGGGCGCGGAGCCUGCAGAGCGACCUGAUCACCUGGCAGGAGAGUGUGGAGCAAGAGAUGCAGGAGAUCCUGGAGAAGUACCCGAUGGAGAUCAGCCUGCCCACACCCUCCGCCAUCGACUCGGACUACGUGGAAAACGAUCGGCUGCCGCCGCCACUGACGCCCCAGGUGUUUGCUGGGUAAUGUCUCUCCAGAAUCGGAGGCAACAGAGGGCUUCUUGAACAAAUGAGGUUCAGGAAGUGGCAGCCCCCUCCUGUCUCUACUGCUACCCUUUUAAACAUUCUCACACACUGUAAGCCAAGUAGGCUUUGGUCCAUUUUGGCCGCUAGACCCUUUCCCAAUAGCAUUCACAGAUCUUACUAUCUCAGCCUGGUUAAAUUAAGCAUUAAUAGAUCAAAAGGAAGCACUAAGUUUGAGUAAAAUAGUUUAGGGACUGAAAUGGAGCAAAGCCAAUACAAUGCUCCUGCAUGCACAUACUCCUUUUAGACCAGCCCUCUUCAUAUCAGAUGGCCUCACAGUAUGUAUGGCGGAGUUGGCAUUCGGCCCUAGUCUGCACUCAUCUACAUCCACGCUGCACAGACCCAGAUGGCACAUCUUGAUACUGUAAGAUUACUUCUCCAGCUUGUAGUGCAGAGGAAAGGGGUAUGUAUUUUUAGAUAGCUGCUGCUGAAUUUGGGAAAUGCUGACUUCUGCAUCUUGCAGUAUGCACUCUGCAGAAUUCUAUACUCUGCUUGCAUGUGCUUUGCUCCUAGCCUUCUUGAGUCUCCAGCAAGGGACCAGGCUGCAGUCUAAUUGUGCGCAACGGGGGGAAAAAGGGAUGCGUUUCAUCCAAAACCAAAGCUGGUUCUUAUAUGUGAGUAUGCCCCAAUGUGUGGUCUCAACUAAUAUUUCUAAUGCUAAUAUAGAAUUAGGUAAGGUACUUUUAACUUCUCUCAUUCAUUUUAUAUCUCAACUAUGUGUCAGUAGGGCCAAGAGCCCUUACUGUAUGUAUUAAAGGACCUAGUAUUUCCUGAAUAUGUGACCUGACGAGGAAAACUCCUGUUACUACUCAUGUAGUAUGCCCAUGAGGCAUAGUAAUGCAGAAGGAUGCUUCUUGUUAUACCAUGGAAUCACAGGGCAGGGCAGUUGAACCAUGGCGCUGGUUUGCUGGUGCUGUAAACUACAAUGUGUAGUACUACAAUAGGGAAAUUAUCCUGUAUGUUCCUAAAUGAACAAUGUAUUAAAAGGGAAUUUCUUCUCCCAGGUACAUAAGAUGUAUUAGUGGGGGAUAAUAACAAUAAUUUUGGGGGGCAGUGUAAUGAUAACAGUUUGCAUUUUAAACAUGUUAACGUUGGAUAAACGAUAUCUCCCUAUGGUAUUAGGAGAGGCAGAGCCCAUAAUAACACUCCCAAAUUAACACUGUCACCAUUUGUAACUUGAACAAAUACUUUUAAAUUGUUUAAGCCUUCCUUGGUGCACUGCUGCUGGGCGAUUCCAAGUCAGCGGGAGCAGAAAAUAUUGUUGGUAUCUCAGAUUGUUCUGGCAAUUUUCACAUAGACAUUUCAUUAGUAGGAAGGAUGUUUGAAAUGCUUUUUACAUUUGUAUUUUUAUUUUUUUGACAUUUUAUUCA